ACGCCAUUUUGCCGUACAGUCAGAAGAAGAGCGAUAUCGCGUUUAUAAUAACAGGAACUGUUUACCAAAUACGGGUGAUCAUUCGGCGAGCGCUGCUGAAUUAUUAAUGAGCGAUAAUAACUGAAUGUGUCGCCCGCAGGAGCGCCUCUGCGGACCCGAUGACGUCACCGCGAGUGAACGUUGGCGGACUGAACUGCACUGAACGCGUCGCGGAACAAAACAGCAUGCGGGAUUCGGCGUCCUGAGAGCGGCAGAUGAGCGAAACCCACUGAACACCGGUUGGCUCCUCCCCCUGGUGUGUGCAGUGUUCUGAUUGGCUGUGGUCUGCAGAUGGCUCAGCUGUGGAGGAGGGCGGUGUCGUUGACUGGGAACGGGUCUGUGGUUGCCAUGGCGCCAGGGCCCGGGGUCGUGACGGUGGCCCCUGAGAGUCACAACAGAUCAGGGCCAGUUUUGACCCCAGAGACGCCCAUUUUCCUCAUGACUCCUGCCGCUCAGGGCAUCUCGGGCAUCUUCACCUGGACGGCCCUGCUGCUCACCUGCCAACAGAUCUACAUGCACCUGCGCUACUACAACACACCCAACGAGCAGCGGCACAUCGUGCGGAUCCUCUUCAUCGUGCCCAUCUACGCCUUCGACUCGUGGCUCAGUCUGCUGUUCUUCACUAAUGAGGAGUAUUACGUCUACUUCGACACCGUCAGAGACUGCUAUGAAGCAUUUGUGAUCUACAACUUCCUGAGCUUGUGUUAUGAGUAUCUGGGCGGUGAGAGUGCCAUCAUGGCGGAGAUCAGAGGGAAACCCAUCCAGUCCAGCUUUGUUUACGGCACAUGUUGUCUGUGGGGCAGAACCUACUCCAUCGGCUUCCUGCGCUUCUGCAAGCAGGCAACGCUGCAGUUCUGUGUGGUGAAGCCGCUGAUGGCCAUCAUUACCGUGAUCCUGCAGGCCUUCGGGAAAUACAGAGACGGAGACUUCAAUGCUGCUGGUGGCUAUCUGUACGUGAUGAUCAUCUAUAACGUGUCGGUGAGUCUGUCUCUGUUUGCGCUCUUCCUCUUCUACUCGGCCACCGCUGAGCUGCUGGAGCCCUACAGCCCCAUGCUCAAGUUCCUGAUGGUCAAGUCCGUCAUCUUCCUCUCCUUCUGGCAGGGCAUGCUGCUGGCAAUUCUGGAGAAGUGUGGAGCGUUCGCGCGGAUCAGCUCUCCGGAUGUGAGUGUGGGCGAGGGCACGGUUGCCGCCGGUUACCAGAACUUCAUCAUCUGCUGCGAGAUGUUCUUCGCCGCUCUGGCACUCAGACACGCCUUCACUUAUAAAGUCUACAUGGACAAGAGACUCGACCUGCAGGAUUGUGUUCCUGUCUAUGGUCAGUUCGGCCGCAGCGCCCCCAUGAGUAUCUCCAGCAGUCUGAAGGAGACGAUGAACCCGGGAGACAUUCUGCAGGAUGCCAUUCACAACUUCUCCCCAGCCUAUCAGCAGUACACACAGCAGAGCCGAGCAGAGCCAAUCAGCAGAUCCGACAGCUGCAGCAACGAGAAAACACUGCUGCUCAGCUCUGAUGAUGAGUUCUGACCAGCACACACACACACACACACACACACACACACACACUCAGAGCAGAGCAGAUCCAACAGCUGCAGCAAAGAGAAAACACUACAAGCAUAGACGCAGACACACAUAUAUGCGCACACACAAACAUACACACACUCACAGCAGAGCAGAUCCAAGAACUAAGCACUUCUGCUCAGCUCUUAUGACAAGUUCUGACACACACAAGCACACACUCUCACACACACAAGCAUAGACACAUGUACACACACAUAUACAUGCACACACACAAGAACUCACUCACACUCACACAUACAAACUCACACACACACCCACCCACACACACACACACACACUCUGAUAGUGGAUCAGAUCCAACAGCUGCAGUAACAAGAAACCACUCCUGCUCAGCUCUGAUGAUGAGCUUACAUACACAUCAUACACAUUCACAAACUUUACCCCAGUGAUUCUCAAACAUUUCGAACAGAAAGUAUUAUCAACAUUAGGAUCUGAGCGCUUAAUUCAUUUGCAGAAUGUUCUGGACAGCAUCCUUUCAUGAAUAGUAUCGUAUCUGAUGAUCACUCUGAGGUGUUUGGUUACUGUCAGAUAAAUGCUCAGCUAAAGUAGUUCCGGCAGGUUUAGAGCGCAUUACAGCUCUAUAUCCCUCCGCUGAAUGAUUAGAGUUAUUCCACAGCUACAGCAGUCAGACAUCACAGCAGAACACAACAGGAGAUGUGGAGGACACUAGUGCUGCACACGGGAGACGCUCGAGGACAAAUAAACUCCCAAAUAUCUUUAGGUGUGGAGAGCAGAACUAUUGUAGUCUCCAUCUGAGGUGUUCAUGUGUGCACUAUUUACUAAUCAGUCAAUAAUUCAAAUAAUCCCUGUCAUCAAUUCAUUUUACACUGACUUAUUUAGUGGUUAGCACUGAGGCCUCACAGCAAGAAGCUCCCUGGUUCAAGUCUCAUCUGGGUCAGUUGGCAUUUCU